AUGAUGCGUAGGGCACCGGAGUGGUUCACGCGAGGACGUGCACGAGAGCGUUUUCACCAGUUGUGGCCUUGGGCGCUGAGCAGCACUUGCGCUGUGAUGUACUUUUACAACCGCGAACCCUUUGAUGAGAUUGCUGGUACUGUGGCAACAAAGAUACGGAAGCCACUGCUCAAGACGAUGGAGUGGAUCGAGCUUCACGAUGUGGACCCCGAAACGAUGGCGUUGGAGCUCCCGCCUGAUGCGCUCUUUGGUCCACUGGAGUUCCCCAAGCAGAUGCGUUUCCUGCUCGCUGCAUUGCGCGCUGACAAUGAGCUGGCAGAUGGGUACUUGGCACGUGUGCUGGUUGAUCACAUGGAUCUCUCCCUCGACCCGCCGAUCCUGUCGGAGGCCGACCUAUUGGCUGCGGGUGGAAAGGAACUGCUCACCUUUGCCAUUGACGACUUUUUGGGUGAGGGGACACGAAAGACACGAAAACAUGUUUUUUUUCAACCGGAUGAGUUCCUGCGACUCAUCAACUUCAUAUGUGUGUACCCGUCACUUACAGAGUAUUUUGUGAAGCAGCGGGACGGUGUGGAGCUGGUCUUACGGGCGCUGAAACACAGCCGUGACGAGUACGCGCGCGUCUUGGCGCUUAGGUCUAUUUGUUUAUUUUGCUUCACUCAGCGCGAGGACGGUGAUGUUGAGCGCCGCGUUCUCCAGGCCAACGGGGCCAAGCAAAUCGUGGAUGCCUGGAAGCAAAGCUCUGGGGACCCGACGGACACGCGGUACAUCACAUUGCUCAUCUCCUCCAUUCUGAGGCAUUACCCCAAGGAGGGCGGGAAGGAAAUUAUCGAUGCUGACGGCGUGCAAGCGGCAGUGAACAACUUGAAUAUUGCGCGCUACAAGGGACUCCCGCAGCAUAUCCGCGUCCUGCACGAUAUGCAGCAGCUCCCCCCAGUGGCAUGUGGUGCAAAAACAGUAAACACCCGUAUCGAGGACGCAGAUUUCAUUCCGGUCGCGAUGGGGGUUCUGGACGCCUUCCCUGAGUUUUACGAGACUGCCGGUGACAUCCUGCAUCUCCUGGAGGAAAUUGUGCCAUCGGAAACGGCACCGUUUAGCCUUCUUGAAUAUCGCGCAAUGCCGAUCCUAUCUAAGUUCUACGUGCGUUGGAAGGACGACAACUUGUUCCAGACGGACGGAACACGUGCGCAGGUGGUGCGACUGUUCAAGAUGAUGUUGGAAGACCGCACGUGCCAACGAUGCUUCGAUCCUAGCGUUGCGUCGUACGAGUUGCAGGAGUGCCUCCGAACGGCGACGGAGGCGAUUCGGGCGGAGGAGGGGAAAGAGCCGGCAGCAGCGGCGGCGGCGGCGGUAGUGGCGGCCUGA